AUGGACCAAUUGUCGGACACUAUUGAAUUUAAUAAAAAUCUUGCACUUGUGAGAAAUCAGAUGCUUGGAUACACCGCCAGGCUAAAUGAGCUGAAGACCGAGUCUAGACCACCUCUUCCAACCUAUAAACCUGGUCCAAAUUGAACCAGUGAAUUCAUAGGAAUCCAUGCCUCCUACUCGUAUGACUAUUUUCCAAAGAAACGCGGGAGAAAACCAAAAGAGGUGGAUUUGGCAGAAAAUUUGAAUAAAAACGGUGAAAUCACCUUCACUUGCAAAAGUUGUAAGCGUGUUCUAGAGAUUAAGAAGAAGUAUGCAAAGGAGCAGUGCCAGACUUGCUAUAAAAAGAACAAGAAAAACGACCAAGAUCAAAAGUUUGUAUAUUCUUAA